AAAAAAAUAAAAGGAAUGUUCUUAAAAUUUUAAAAUAAAAAAUAAAAAAGAACAAUGUAUAUGAUAAACAAGUAGUAUUAGGUUUUGUACUAUAGUAAUCAAAGUUUUACGUUUUGUAAAUACUAUUUUGUGUUUUUGUUUAUGUCUGAAAGUCCGAAAGUGUGAUAUCAUGUUUCAAUUUCAUGGUAUAGUGAAUCACAGUUUAAUAGGAGUCAAUCGAGAUUGCGAUGUAAAACAUUAAUGGAUGGAAACAAAUGCAAUUAUUAGAGUACAUGGCUAUGGUAAAGAUAUUGUUACUGGCCAGACUGACACCUCAAAGUGGCAACCUAACAACAGCUCAAAGAAUCAAGUAAUACUCAAUAUUAAAUAUAAAUAAAUCGUUUCACACUUUCACUAAACUAAACUGACUUUCAUGUAUAUUAAAUAGCUCUAUCAGUUCUAAACCGUUAGAUGUCCAGUAGACCAGUAAGUGUGAUCCCUUAUUGAUCCAGUGUUACAACAGGCAGGAGAAAACCUAAACUAAACUAGCUUUAUACUGGAUGGCUUUAUCAGUUCUGAACUGUUCUUCCUAGAAAUCCAGCAUACAGUAUGGUCCAGUGUUGCUAUUAGAUCUGAGGAAACCAGGGUACCAACCUCGUACCCAGGAUCUUUCUGGAGAGACCCUGGGAACGAGGUUGCCAGGGUACCUGGAAAAAAUGUGUGGUGUUUGGUAAAGUCAAACCGUAGGACACCCUUAUCAACUGAGGCCAAAUUAUUAUCGGACAAUUACAUAUUGCAGAAAUCUAAUCCUAGUUGUUUUUAUUGUAAAACAAACCACAAGGCAAUUUUUACAUCAUUUUAAUUUAUCUAGAGGUCAUUUGGCAGAGACUGGACACACAUGUGAAUUACAAAACAGUGAAUUUUUUGAAACCAGUGAAGGUUUUAGACACUAUAUUGUUGAAAAUGAAUUUUGUUGUGUCAUCGGGAUUCACCUUUGGCGAGCAGGGAAAUUUCUUCUAGGUGUGGAAUUUUUUCAAUAAAAAUACAAUCAAUAAUUUAAUGAGUAACACAAUUAACUAUAUUGACCAAAUAACAGAAUGGUUCAUAAGUUGAUAAGGUUGGCUAGAUGUCAUGGUCAAUAAUUGAUUUGAUUUAUUUAAUCAAUAAAUCAAUUUUUUUAGAUUUAUAAUUAAUAACCAAUCAAUUAUCUAAGUCAUCAUCAAUCAAUCACUUGUCCAAUCACUCAAUAAAUUACUCAGUCUAUCAAGUAUCCAAUCAAUUAAUUGAAUUAUUUUAUCAAUAAAUCAUUCAUCAGUCAAUUAUAAAAUCAUAUUAAUCAAUAAUUCAAUCAACUAAUGAGCCAAUAAAUCAAUAUGCUAAUGAUUCAAUCAGCCAGUUAGUAAAUGAAUCAAUUAAUCAAUAAAUGGUUUUUAUCUACUAGGUAUCAAUUAAUCAACGAAUUAACCAAUUGAGCAGCCAAAUAAUCAUUCACCCAAUAACGAAUUAUAUGAUCAGGCCAAUCAAUUAUAUUUUCAAUUAAUAUUUUAUGAUCAAUAUUCAAUCAAUAUAAAAAAAACUAUGCGUUUUCUAUUGCAAUAGACUGUCCAGUACCAUUUUCCAUGAUAUUUGGUGGCACUGACCUAAAUGAGCAUGUUCAAGACAGCAAGAAACUUCAUGUCAUGACACAAGUCGUUGAAAAAGCAAAGUACGUAUCCGGGGCUUGUCGGAUGUACCUGUUUUAAGCAAAUUAAUUGAGAGAUUUCACAUUUGACAAAGCCAAAGGCACAGAGGUCAAAUAAAAAAAAUUGUUUUUUCUCAGGAAUCUUGUUGCAUUCUCUCAAACGAUGGCAUCUAAAGCUGAAGAAAUUUGGGUGGGUGGACUUAUACCUUGUCCUUGUAUCUAAAGUUGCGUAAUGACGUAAUCCGUCUUUAUACAUUUGCGCACGCGAUUUAAUUUCGCUCAAUUUUACGUUUUGGUAGCCUAAAAAGUUUGCAACAGUGUAAAAAAUACUGUAUUUUGGAAUAGUAUUGAUAGGUUAUUAGGUUGAUACUGUCUUUUUCUUAACUCUUUUAUAGCCAAAUGUCAAGCCCAAAUUGAUUGUUCAGCCCCAAGGUACACCAUACAAUGUAUAUAUCUUAGCAUCAUCAUUGGACAUUGAUCAAUGGGAAAAUCAUAUAAAGUGCUACAAUUCCAAGAUUUAUUAUAUGGCAAGACGCUCCAUCUGCAAAAUGCAGCAUUUUAUUGAUGGACCGUGCUCAAUCAAUGACAUAAUAUGUAUUUUCAGCUGUAUUCACUUGUCCAUCUGAAAAUUUUACAGAAAUCGAUAUGAUUUGCAAAAUGAAAGGUACCUUGUCUACAUUGUUUAAUGUUCUUGCGAAGCAAAAGCAUUUUUCUUUUGCGCUUCAAUAAUUUCAUUUCCAAUUCCAAUCAUGUUAACCUAGAAACGGUUUUCAGUAUCAAAUCUGUGGUUCUGAACUUUUUAGAAUGUGCAACAGCCAAUGAAUCACUUCAUUUGAAGAACAUUCUUCGUGGUGCACUGGUAACUAAAGAUAUUUUAUUGUCAGUUAUUUUGCUAAGUCAGUAAAUCUUUUAGUUCGCUAUAUUUCCGUUAAUAAUUUCAAAUGCCAAAACUCCGUUUUCAAAAACCAGAGCUCCGUCGUCAAAAACCAGAACUUCGUUUUCAAAUGCCAGAAUUCCGUUUUCAAAUGCCACUAGAACUCCGUUUUCAAAUGCCAGAACUCCGCGUUUUGAAAUGCCAGAACUCCGCGUUUUCAUAUGCCAGAACUCCGUUUUCAAAUGCCAAAACUACCUUUUCAAAUGUCAGAAGUCAGAACUCCGUGUUUUUUUCUGCCAUGCAGAAUUCCAUUCUGUCUUUUAAGCCACCAGAGCUUCGUUUUCAAAUGCCAAAACUGCCAUUUCAAAUGCCAGAACUCCGUUUCCAAUUAAUAAAAUAAUUAUCGGUUUAUGUCAUUUAUCUUUUCUUUCAUGUCUUUUUAGAUUAUUUUUCUCCUAGUUGCUGGAUUAAGACCAGUUAAAGACCCUAUGUUUCUUUUCAAAAUCUUUUCUGGUAAUUAUGCAUGGUUACGCAUCAAAAUUUUGCGUUAUUUCCUAUAGGAAGAGUAAAACGUCCCUUCAUUUCCUGUAGGAAGAGUAAAACGUCCCUUAAUCUUGUUCAUUUCAGAUUGGCACAAACAAGAUUCGAGGGUGUUUUUGGUGGUGGUUGGACCCGAGGUAUGAUAUGGAAGAAUUGUUACUAAAAAAUAGAAUUGGUUUGGUCGAGAAAAAUAGCGAAGCAUAUAUAUUGUUUCAGAUAGAUCUUGAGUUUUCGAAGAUGGUAAAGGAAACAGCUAAGAAGUAAGUUGGAUUGUUAAGUAAGAUAGAUAGAUAGAUUGUUUAAUAAAAUUUAAAAACGAUAUAUAAAGAUACGAAGGACAUAAAAUUAUGAUAAAUUAUCACUUCUGAGGAGUGAUUUACGUAGUAUACAGUAAAGAAAGAUAUUUUCUUUUCAGAUACCCAGGCGUUAUUGUUAUGCCAGCGCUAUCCCAGCCAGCUCUUCACGCUGGAAUUAAACAUUGUAUCACAGCUGUGGUAAAUACUUCCGUCAGUGAAGGAAUGGCGGCAUGUAUUUUAGAGGUAAGAAAUGUCUUUAUAUACUAAGAAAAAAUCUAGUGUACUGACAAAACGAGAUAGCAAAACAAGGAUUGGUGGGAUUUCAUGAGAAUAUGUCGAGGGCUGUUUAAUAGGUCAUAUCGUUCCACGUUCUGGCUAUUGGCUCCCUAGAAAUGUUUAAGAAAUGGGCCUUGUACACACGUAAAAACUGACAACUUGUGUGUUCGCAACAGGCUUGUAGAAAGCUUGUCAACAAGUUGUAACAAUGCUGUUAUUUUAUCAAGUUGCUACAAGGUUAUCACUCACAACUUGUUGACAAAUUGUUGAAUUGCAGGACGAUAACAAGUUGUUGGAUUGUUGGAACAACUUGUAACAAGUCUAUUGAGCUCAACAACCUUGUAGCAAGUUGCCAACAAGCCGUUCACAACUUGUCAACAAGCUGGGAACAAGCAGUGCGAACACAUCGUGUUGACAAGUUGUUGGAACAGCAUUGCUACAAGUCUGCUACAGGUUUGUUACAACGUGUGUGUUUUUACGUGUGCAAUUUGAAUGCAAGUAAAUAAUUUGGGCGUAACAUUUAAUUUUUGGAUAAUUUUCGUUCACAGGCAAUGGAUCUUGACACUGUGGUGCUCGCGCGAAAAAUUCCUGGUAAUGAAUGCUUGAUAAAGCAUGAUGAAAAUGGACUCCUGUUUCAAACUCCAGAGGUAUUCGUUGUUUAGUUAGAUGGCAAGGCUAAACCCUUUGAGAGAAUAAUAGUCUCAGAUAGCAGUCAUAGCACGCAUCUUUCUGAAACUGUGAUUUUUAUUGAUUCCAUUUUACAAUUAGUUAAAAACGGCUGUGCAAAAAAAAAACCAAGUAAACCUGCUCAUAAUUCAUUUUGGUAAUAUUUUGAGUCGCUAUGAGUUCAUUAUGUCACUCAAACAGUUUUUGAAUUUUGAGUCCAAAUUUUUUUUGCAGUGUAGCUGACAAAAUUGGAAUAAUUUAAGGUCAUUUACAUGUAACACACGGAUUGUUUUUCAAAAUUUACAGGAAUUUCUAUCGUUGGCCAAGCAAGUGGCUUACAAUGAGAAAUAUCGCGAGAGACUAACUUUGGGUGGCAAGGAGUACAUUUCAAACAAUCAUUCUUUGCGUCUUGAAAACGAGACUUAUAAAUCGGUUGUGAGAACGUUAAUGAAUUGAUGAAUUACUUUUCUGAAUCAUGAAUUGGUAUUCUGGGCAAAUGGUGUUCAACGUCAAGAGCAACAAACAUGGACGCCGGAGAGGGGGUGCAAGGGGGGAAUCGCCCCUCCCACGCCCUUUCCUAAAGGGGUCAAUGGGCGCAAAGGUGCCAUUUUUGAUUUUGGGGAAAUCUUUCUUAUUUAAAAGAAAAUCAUUACACGUUCGCCACAUUACCACCAACAUGUGAAAUUUUGUAGAAUUAGAUACUCAGUCCAAUUUCGAUGAUUGAGCCAAUCACCUUGCGUAAUUUACUGACGAGAACGAGGCUCCAAGACCAAAAAGUCUGUGUGACGUAAUUAUCGAAAUGGUGUAUUGUGACAAGAAAUUAUCAAAAUAAUUUUGUAAAAUAAAUUAAAUAUGACGAUCUUUUUAUAUAAAUUUGUUUGACUUCAAUAAAUUUAUUUUUG